AUGGUAAUGAACCAACCUGACAUCGUGGUGGUGGACAAAGGGCAGAGGACAGCCGUGGUGGUAGACAAAGGGCAGAGGACAGCCGUGGUGGUGGACAAAGGGCAGAGGACAGCCGUGGUGGUGGACAAAGGGCAGAGGACAGCCGUGGUGGUGGACAAAGGGCAGAGGACAGCCGUGGUGGUGGACAAAGGGCAGAGGACAGCCGUGGUGGUGGACAAAGGGCAGAGGACAGCCGUGGUGGUGGACAAAGGGCAGAGGACAGCCGUGGUGGUGGACAAAGGGCAGAGGACAGCCGUGGUGGUGGACAAAGGGCAGAGGACAGCCGUGGUGGUGGACAAAGGGCAGAGGACAGCCGUGGUGGUGGACAAAGGGCAGAGGACAGCCGUGGUGGUGGACAAAGGGCAGAGGACAGCCGUGGUGGUGGACAAAGGGCAGAGGACAGCCGUGGUGGUGGACGUGGCAAUUCCAAGCGAUGGGCAGGAGCACCAGCAGGAGUAG